AUGGAGCCUCCCCAAUCGCCUCCAUCUCUGUUAUCCUUCUCAUCUCUGAACUUGCCCCCCCCUCUCUCUCUCUGCAUCUGCAAACUACAAGAUCUACAAGAAUUAGAAGUUCUAAACCCCAUAUAUUUCAGUUUAUCUAUCUGUCUGCAAGAAUCAAAAGUUCAAAACCUAUUACCUAUAUCAAAACCCAUAUUGGCAUAUCAUUUCAGAUUGUUCAAAAAAUCAAAACCCAUAUUUCAGUUUCCAUCGCCCGCUUCCCCAGUUCGGGUUCGCCGUUCGCAAGCUUCAGCCGCUGGCCCGCUACCUCUCAACUGUCAAGCUUGCCCCCCCUCUCUGCAACUGCUAAAUUGGUUAGCAUGGGGCCUUAACAUUCAAGAAGAACAAGGUUCAAGAAACAUGCCUCCUCAGUCAUCAGGUGUCUUUUCUGAAAGAGGAGAGUUGAAGGGAAUAGGUGGAAUAGGGAAAAAGGUAUGUUUUUUUUGCCUAGCUAAUUGAACCAUAUAAAUCCCCUUAUCGUUGUAGCAGUGAUGUUGGUUUUAAAAUGACCAAUUAUGAUAGGAAGUCUCUUUUCAAUUUAUCUUAAUCAAAUGUAUAUCUAUGCAAGAGGAUUACGUGAUUCUAGAUGACAAUUCUAGAUGAGGAUGUUAAUGUCAACGUUAUGAGGAUGUUGAUGUCAACGUUGACUCUAGUGAUGACGACUGAUGAAGGAAAUUUAGAGUUGAAGACAUGCUAUUGAGCGUAGUGUCUAAUUCUUUUAGUUACAAGAAUUUUGGUCACUUCACACACGAUUUUUUAGUUCCUGGGUGUGUAAUAUGAUUCAUCUACUUGGGCUCUCUUCUUUUUUAUCUUCUAAACCUUAAUUUUAUCUGUGAAAAAGAAAAAGAAGACUAUAUGCAAUUUUAAUUUAACUUUAUCAAUUUGAGCAUUGACAAAGCUUCUGAAAUGUUGAAACUGAAACAGCAAAGAAGAGAGAGUCCACCAAUAAGAAUUACCCAACUUAGGACAAAAUAAGCUCUCUGAGCGUCUUGACUAAUAUUGGCUUGGGAGACUUCUAUAGAUAUGGACUUGUAGAGAGAAAGAUAUAUGGUUGGGGGCACAAAAGUGUACGACAACUGUGAACCAACGAUAGGGUUGUGAGCUUUUGACUUGUUUCAUGCAUCGGAUCUAGGAAGUGUGUAACAAUGAAAUGGAAAGUUCUGAUGCACUCAAAGUUACAGACAGAGACAAUAAUUAAUAUUAUAUAUUUGUAACUUGCUUU